AUGGGUUAUCGAUUUGCAUGGUCAAGAAGUGGUGGUCCGAAAGACACUCUGGAAUGGGCGCCACCUCUGCGAGUUGUAGCCGUUGUGACGCUUUUUGCUUCGACACUCGAUCUUAUAGCCGAUUUUCUACUUUGCAGCAAGAUAGCGGAAUUUUUGCCGAAUUUUCAAAGUGAUAUAGCUUUUCUGGCUGCUUAUGGUUAUUUCUUUUUCACCGGCGUUUCAAUGAUUGUUUACGUUUUUGAAAUGACCGAUGUGUGCUUGACAUUGAAGAAUGAUUUCGAAAAUGUUUUCAAUGCUCGAUUAGCUAAAUCACUAGUACUUGCUGCUGAAGAAGUACCACUACCAAUUCUACUAAAUGUGCUGUUCAUACAUGAGCCACGGAUGUCUAUAGCAAGUCCAGCAUAUCUUGUAUCUUGGAUUAAAUUGAUUGCAUUGACAUGGGGUAUUGUCAAGUUCACCAAAUUGCGCUUCUUUUGGUGCUGUCUACCGCUUAAUCCAAAACACGAUACUACGGAGAAUCUUCGUCGUUGUUUCACGUUGACACUAUAUCGCAUCACAAUGAUUUUCGUCAAUAUCUGUCACAUAAUUGCAAUUGUCAUUGUUAUUUAUAACAUUGUAAUUACUGGCAAGGGUGGCCGACGGAUUAAAUCAAAAAGUUCUUGA